AUUGUAUUGCAUAUUCAUUUGCUAAGAGCAGUCGGAAUAUGAAGAAAUAUAAUUUAUAUUACAUUUGCUCCGUUUUGUUGUUGGUCUUGUUGCUGAAACAACAUCCAUCAAAAGCCCAACAAGCUUACUUAAAUAACGACCAGUUCACCUGCGACCAAGACCUAAACAUCACGAAUGGGUAUAGAUGCAACGGCGUCGAAACCAGUUGCCAAUCCUACCUCACGUUCCGAUCCACUACUUCUUACUAUUCUGCAGCGUCCAUCGGCUCCUUAUUGAGCGUCGACGCCUCCGUCAUCGCCGAAAUCAACAGCAUCACAAAAUUCCAGCCCAUCCCCACCGAGCCCAGAACCAAAGCCCUGAUCAUCAUCCCUGUCAGCUGUUCAUGCUCGGGUCAGUACUACCAACAAAACAGCUACUUCACGGUGCAGAGCGCAUCCGAAACCUAUUUAACUAUUGCCAACAACACCUACCAGGGUCUCACCACUUGCCAGGCCAUGAGGCGUCAGAAUUCUAAUACGGACAAGACGCUGAGGAUGGGCGUGAAUGUAAAUGUCCCACACAGGUGCGCUUGUCCCACGCUCAGCCAGACGGCAAGCGGCUUCAAGUACUUGCUCACGUAUGUGGUUCUCCCCGGGGAAAAUAUCUCUGCAAUUGCUGAUAGAUUUGGUGCGGACGGACAGAGCGUACUUGAUGCAAACGAGGUGUCCGAGGAUAGCUUAAGUGCAUUCACAACCGUUCUCAUCCCACUAAAGAGCAGCCCGAUCGUUAGCGUGUUUUCAAAUAAUUCAAAAAACAGGUGGGCAAGUAGGUGGUGGAUAUGGCUCAUUGUGACCGUUGGGGGAAUUAUUAUUGCCUUUUUGUGCUUCUUUUACCAUUCAAAAUGGAAAAAACAAAAAGCUGAAGGGGAGAGAAAAAAGAAACAAAAGAUUCUCGUAAUGGAACUUGGAGGUAAUGCAAUAACUUGCAAUGUACAUGACAAAGUGAAGAAACAAGGCAAAGAUGGGCAAGAUGGAUUGCAAACAUUCAGCUUCAAAAGCAUUUACAAUGCUACAAGUAAUUUCUCAACUGAAAAUAAAUUAGGAGAGGGUGGUUUUGGACCAGUUUAUAAGGGUAAAUUACCUGAUGGGAAAGAAAUAGCAAUUAAGAGACUCUCGAGAAGUUCUGGACAAGGAUUGCUAGAGUUCAAGAAUGAAGUUGUUCUCAUUGCCAAACUCCAACACAUUAAUCUUGUCCGACUUUUAGGAUUUUGUAUUCAGGAAGAAGAAAAUAUACUAAUAUAUGAGUACAUGCCCAACAAAAGUUUAGAUUUCUUCCUCUUCGAUUAUACUAAAAAGUAUUUAUUAAAUUGGAAAAAACGCUUCAACAUCAUUGAAGGCAUUGCUCAAGGGCUCGUUUAUCUCCACAAAUAUUCAAGGCUAACAAUAAUUCACCGGGAUUUAAAAGCAAGCAACAUUUUGCUUGAUAAGGAGAUGAAUCCAAAAAUAUCUGAUUUUGGCAUGGCAAAAAUAUUUGGGUUGAAAGGAUCAGAAGAAAACACAAAUAGGGUUGUUGGAACAUAUGGUUAUAUGUCCCCAGAGUACGCAAUGAAUGGUGUUGUUUCAAUAAAAAUUGAUGUAUUCAGCUUUGGAGUUCUACUAUUAGAAAUCAUUAGUGGCAAGAAAAACAAUAGUCGCUAUCACUCUGAGUAUCCACUCAACCUUAUAGGAUAUGCAUGGCAGUUAUGGAAUGAAGGUAAAGGUAUAGAGUUUACAGACCCAACAAUACUAGAUGAGUCAUUCAUUCCAUCUGAAGUAUUGAGAUGCAUUCAUGUUGGUCUCUUAUGCGUACAAGAUCAGGCAACAGAUAGACCCACCAUGCUAGAUGUUGUUUCUUUUCUUGCAAAUGAAACUAUUCAACUAUCUACUCCGAAACAACCUGCAUUUUUUAUCAACACAAUCACAAAAGAGUUAGAUGUUUCUAAAAAUAAGUCAAAAAAUUAUUCAGUAAAUAAUGUCACAAUUUCAAAAUUGGAUGCCAGAUAAAUACUAAAAUACUUGAGUUAGGUUUCUAAAAAUAAGCCAAAAAAUUAUUCAAUAAAUAAUGUCACAGUUUUAUAAUUGGAUGCCAAAUAAAUACUAAAAUACUCGAGUUAUGUAUGAAAAUCUAGUAUGUAUAUACAUGCCUUUGUGAUAGGGGCUAUACUUGAUUAUGACUUUACAAGCUUGUAUGGUUCAAUGAUUUAUUACAAUUUUUAAUUAGGGUUAUAUACU